GCGGAGAGCGUGAUUGGUCACCUCUGCGUACGAGGGGAUGUCUGUCAGCGCACGAAGGUGCGUGCUUUUUAAACUGCUGCUGGGGACCGAGAUCAAAGAGCUGAGCCGAAACAAGUGGGCGCAACAAUUUUCUCCAAGAAGCGCGCACGUAAAGAGGGCACGAAGAGAAAGAAACGCUGAGACAUGAGUCUGCCGAUUGUGAGACAACUUUUUCUUUUCUGCUUUUUCUGGUUUGUUGGAUGCUGGAGCAAAACAGAUGCCAGUCCUUACGAUCAGUGGGAAGAUGGCAGCGCUUUAAGAAAGGUCCGAGGCAUCCACAGCGGUGAUUUGAACGACAUUUUGUGGAAAGACCAGAAUGAGCAACAAGUCCAGAAUGUUUUCAAAAGAUUCCUGUUUCAUUACUCCAAAGCACGCAACUCUGCAGGAGCUGUGCAGCAAGAGUCUUACCCAGUUCACCCACUGAUGCAACUUUCACCCAAACUUUCCCAGAGGAGAAAGAAGAAGGUGGUGCGUUUGAAGAUUCGAGGGCUGCCGGGGGGGAUGUUGUAAAGAAAAAGAAAAGGAAAUCAGAUGUAAAAGAAGAGCAGCAGGCCGCUUCGCCUGUGGACAUCACACCCAACAAUGACCAAUGGAGUGACACAGCAUCUUCAACGCCUCACCAGACAGGAGCAUGAUUCUUUGUUCAGAGAAAAUAAAUUAUUGUAUAGAUGGAGAAAUAGCACUGCACUGCCAUGUGUCUUCCUGCUUCCAAAUGUCC